AUGCGGCGUUGCGAGCUAGAGUUUGCGGUAGGUGACAAGGUGUUCCUAAAGGUGUCACCAAUGAAAGGAGUUAUGCGGUUUGGUAGAAAGGGUAAGCUUAGCCCUCGUUUUAUUGGACCUUACGAGAUUUUGAGAAGAAUUGGGAAAGUGGCUUACGAGUUGAAGUUACCAUCUGAGAUGGCUAUGAUGCAUCCUGUGUUUCACAUUUUGAUAUUGAGGUUUUACAAGGCUGAUCUUUCUCAUGUCUUGAAUCAUGAAGAGAUUGAAAUCAACGAAGGGUUGUCUUAUGAAGAAGAACCUAUACAAGUCAUGGAUCGUCAAGUUAGGAGGUUAAGAGCGAAAGAUGUGGCUUUGGUACGUGUUGAACCUUUCAGUUAUUUAGUUCCUGCGAAAGUUUAG